GUGUGGAGUUUGUUUGGUGGCUGAAACGCGCACAUAACACAUCAUGUGGAGAGUGCAAGAAGCAGAGAGCGUGCCACCUACCUGCUAACUAACAUCCAUCCGGAGACAACAUUGCACCGGGCUCUGGCCGAAUGCGCGCUACUUACUGCUGCUGCUGCUGCUGCUGCCGCCGCACACACCCCACAACUCGCUGCACGGGUAGCUAGCUGCAAACACCGCAUCUCCGUUUCUCCUGUGCACAGGAACAUCAAAUUGCAGGAGAAAAAAAAAUUCUUUUUUUUAAUAUAGCACUUUUUUUUUUUGCAAAAGAGAACAUGUGCUUUCGGAAGUUGUGAUUUUUCGUUUUUUUUAAAAAGUAGAAGACUUUAAACUUUCUAUUUAUAUAUAUAUAUAUUGCAAUAUUGGAGAAUGAAAAUGAACGCGUUGGUAUAUUUGAAGUUUGCCCUGGUGCUGGCAGUGGCCGCUAACUUUCUUGACAGCGAGGCGAAGUUUCUUGAAAGGAGUCAGGAAUCUCCGGUGAGGAGGUGCCUGGAUGGGAGUACGCCGCGCCGCUUGAGGAGGAGAGAGAGGAGGCUUCUCGCCCUGGACCCUAGUGCCUAUAUAUGUCACAGGCUGUACGGCCGCCUGUCCUGCUGCCCCAGCUUCGGGCAUUUCCAUGAGUUCGUUGAUUCCAAGAUAUUUUCUGUUACAAACAACACAGAAUGUGCAAGGCUGCUGGAGGAAAUCAAGUGCGCCCAAUGUUCACCACAUGCACAGUAUUUAUUUCACUUACCUGACCGGCAAGGAGCAGCAGACAAUGAGCUGGCUUUUCCCAUGUUGUGCGGAGAUUAUUGCAAACAGCUCUACUUUGCGUGCAGAAGCCAAAUCGCAGGACUCUUCCAAACUACUUCAGAUGAGUUCUGUAACCUUUAUGCAGCAAAGGACAAUGGGAUAUGUUUUCCAGACUCACCCAGAAAACAAGUACAAGGACCGGGUUCCAACUAUUUAAACCAUAUGGAUGACUAUUACAAGAUGGAGCAGGCCAACAGAAAAUAUAAAAAAAACUGUUACUGCCUUCAUGAAGUGGUCAGUGGACUUGUGCAGCCAACUGGAUUAGUGCAUUGUGGAGAUGGAUCACAAAGACUCUUCAUCUUGGAAAAGGAAGGUUUUGUAAAGAUUUUCACUCCUGAUGGUGAAUUACUGAAGGAAUCAUUCCUUGACAUUCACAAGCAGGUUCAGAGUGGAAUAAAGGGUGGAGAUGAAAGAGGACUGUUAAGCCUUGCAUUCCAUCCUAAAUACAAGAAAAAUGGAAAGCUCUAUGUGUCCUAUACCACCAACCAAGAGAGAUGGGCAAUUGGACCACAUGACCACAUUCUUAGAGUAGUCGAAUACACUGUAUCCAGAAAAAACGCAAAUCAAGUGGAUACAAGAACAGCAAAGGUAUUGAUUGAAGUUGCAGAAUUACACAGGAAACAUUUGGGUGGACAGCUGAUGUUUGGGCCAGAUGGCUUCCUGUUCAUCUUCCUAGGAGAUGGAAUGAUUACUCUUGAUGAUAUGGAAGAAAUGGAUGGGUUAAGUGAUUUUACAGGGUCUGUGCUUCGAAUCAAUGUAGACACAGAUUCUUGCAAUGCACCAUAUUCUAUACCCAGAAGCAAUCCUUACUUUAAUAGCACCAAUCAACCACCAGAGAUAUUUGCACAUGGACUUCAUAAUCCAGGCAGGUGCGCAGUGGAUCACCAUCUUAGAGACUCCACUGGCAAUCUGACCAUACUUUGUUCAGAGUCAAAUACUUGGAAUAAGUCAUCAGGAAGAAUAAUCAAGAUAACAAGGGGAAAAGAUUAUGAAAUAGAGCCUCCAGCAAUUGAAUUUAAAUCGUCUAGCCACAGUCCUUUAGUAGGCGGCUUCAUAUACAGAGGAUGCCAGUCCAGAAGACUAUUUGGAAACUACAUUUUCGGAGAUCGAAAUGGGCAACUGAUGAGCCUUCAACAAAGUUCUUUGAACAAACAGUGGCAAGAACGAGCUUUGUGCCUUGGCAGUGGCACGACGUGCAAAAACUCACAUAGCGGUCAGAUCUCAGGAAUGGUUUUGGGAUUCGGAGAAGAUGAGUUAGGUGAGAUCUAUGUUGUAGCGAGCAGUAAAAGUGUGACGCAAGUACACAGUGGGAAGAUCUACAAAUUAAUGGAUCCAAAAAGACCCUUGGUUCCAGAAGAAUGUAAGAAAUUAGUGUUGCCUCCACAACCAUUGGCAGCAGAGUGCUCGCAUCUGUGUAGAAAUGGACUUUGCACGCCUACAGGAAUAUGCUGCUGUAAUCCAGGCUGGGAUGGAGAAUUCUGCAGAGAGGCGAAGUGCGACCCAGUUUGUCAGCAUGGUGGUGUGUGUGUGCGACCAAAUAAAUGCUUGUGUAAGGAGAGCUACACUGGACCACAGUGCGAACAAGUGGAUAGAAACAUUGAAAGAGUGGCAAGGGCAGCAGUUUGCCAGCAGCCCCGGAAGAUUGGGAAGUGCCACACCCCGACAUGGCGCUGGUUCUUCAUUGUGGACACCAGGCAGUGUGAACAGUUUGUUUUUAGUGGUUGCCAAGGAAAUAAAAAUAGAUUCAACACUCAAGAGGAGUGCGAGAAAACCUGCUUACCAGGAAACUAUCAAGGCACAGAACUGAUGCAGAGGAUGGAUAAAUAAACUCUAGACCACCCAUCUUUUAGUUUCUUCCAUAAUGACAGAAAAAUCAAAUACAUUUCAUACUUUUUGAUGUAUAUUUUACAUGGGACUAAAAGAUUUUAACAUUCAGAAAUGGGGAAAACAGGUUACUUCAGGUUUUUAUUAUCUAACCUUAAAUUUAUUUUAAAAUAAUGUGUAAUAUCUGAAGUGAAAUUUUAGAAACAGUGACAUCUGAAAAAAAUGGUCAAACUGUAUAAGCUCAUAACUGGUCGGCCAUCGCCAGAUUCUAAUUGGUGUACGUAGAUUUAAAACAAAGACAUUUAAAUGUAUAAUUUCUUUUUAAAAUUUAAUAUAUUGUUUAUGUAAAUGCAUGCUUAAUGUCCUCAAGAAUACAGUAUUUUACUGUGACCAUUGAGCUGAUAAAUUGUAUUUUUAAACAUUAUCUGUUACAUACUGUAUUGCAUCUGUUAUUAUACUAUAUGUAAGCUGCAGCAGAUAUGCUAAAGUAUAUUUUUAUUACAGUAGCUACAAAAGUAAUUGACCACUGGUAGUUCUCCUAAACUUCUACAGGCUCUCUUUGUGGGCCCAUAUCUUAAUGAUCAUUAAACUGUAACCUGUAAAUUUUAGCGACGAAA